UAAGGGACUGUGGGUGGUUUACAGCAAACAGAGUUUUCGGAAACAGGCGCAAGAAAGAUGGAGGUGACAACUCAACCCAAAGCAUAUGCUCCUAAAGACUUUCAGAGUGGGUUAUUAAGCUGUUGUGAUGAUAUGAGCGUAUGUUGUUGUGGGUUGUUCUGCCUGCCUUGCUUGGGUUGCUCCAUUGCUAGCGACAUGAACGAAUGCUGUUUAUGUGGUUUGGGGAUGCCAAUCCGAAGUGUUUACAGGACAAGAUAUAAUGUCCCGGGAUCCAUGUGUAACGACUGUGUGGUCAACUACUUCUGCGCUUGUUGUGCAUCCUGCCAGCUUAAGAGAGAUAUUAAAAUAAGGAAGCGUAAUGGGGAAUUCUAAAGGAAACAUGGGAUUUUUAGGGAAAGUAAAUGCAGAGGACGUAAUUAUUCAACAAAACGCAACGGAAUAACAGCUACUAGCAGUCUAUCUAACACUACUAUCUAGUUUUUAUUGCUCACAGUAGAUCAAGACAAGAUGAAGGAGUGAGUCACUAGAAAUGUAAUGACAUUUUAUGGCCAUAUUGUAUGUAUAAAUAAAUAAAGAUUAUGGUUUUGCGAGUUUGUACAGUUAGUAUCACGCAACAAAUGCACAACAAAGGUCAUGUUUCUCAUUUAAAAUCAUACCGAGAAGUUGGUAAAGCCGGCACAUAAUGCGUUAUGUGAUAAAUAUACAGUUAGAUUCAAAGUGUGGUCUGUUGGUCAUUAUGUGAACAGUGUGUGUGAUUAUACAGUCAAAAGGAGGCUUAAUAAAGAUCGAAUCUCUCCUGAAUUCUACUUAAUGCUCUGACACUUGCUGUUAAUGCGGAUGGUGUUUCUUUAAAAUAUUAUUAUUGUAAAAUUACAUCUACUGUAAAUCUUUUCUGCCACAGUUUAAGAAAGAUUAUAUUAUUGGUUUUGAUUGUACCACAUGAGAAAAUUUAACCCAAUUAAGCUUUAAAGAAAUAACAGCUGAAUUUCUGCCUUAAAGUUAAGCCAAAGUGUCUGUAGUGUUACGUUUAUUACUGCUAUUGUACUGCUUUUUAGUUUAACUUAAGAACCGAAAUAGAAAUGACUGAUUUUGUUUAUUAUUAACAAUAAUAUUAAGUUAUUAAGAUUUGAAGAAUAUGCCCAACCCAACCAUGUAAAUAAA